AGACCGUAGCAAUCGAACACGAUAACAUCGUCAACAUGUUAGCAAUAGCACAUUAGCUUAUUCGUUAGCAUCUGUAGGAAGAUGGCAUCCUCGGACCAAUCUGACCAGCAAAAUCAGAAUGGCGCCCCAGUUAGAGAAGAUGCUGCUCCAAGAGAAACGCUGAUUGCCACGGCAGUGAGGUUUUUACAAAACCAGAAAGUUCGUCAAAGUCCUUUAGCAACCAGAAAAGCUUUCUUGAAGAAGAAAGGUCUGACCGAUGAAGAGGUGGAGUUGGCCAUCCAGCGAGUCGGUAGUACGGAUGAGCAGCUGGCCGUCACCGUUCCGGGCCCUGCACACAUCAUCCAUCCGCUGUCCCCCGUCCCCUACAGUCACCCAGGUUACAGAUGGAGAGACUACGGUGCCCUUGCUGUUCUCCUGGCAGGAAUGGCCUUUGGCUUCCAUCACCUUUACCGGAAAUACAUCCUUCCCCUCAUUAUGGGCAGCAAAGAGGACAAGAAGCAUCUGCAGAAGAUCGAGAGCAACAUCGCGGAUAUGAGUGGCACGCUGACACAGACAGUCACUCAGUUGCAGAUGACCCUGACCUCUGUGCAAGAAUUGCUGGUCCAACAGCAGAAGAAAAUUCAGGAGCUGUCACAGGAGCUGGCUAACUCGCAGGCCUCAUCUGCAACCAACUGCAUGCUGGAGUCUCAGAGCAUCAGUGAGCUCAAGGCUGAGAUUGUGUCUUUGAAAGGUCUUCUUCUCAGCAGGAGGCAGUUCCCCGCCUCACCCUCCAUUCCCAAAAUCCCAUCCUGGCAAAUCCCUCUCAAACCGGGGUCACCAUCCAACCCCCCCUCCGUCAACCACACUAACAGCAGUAGUGACAUCUCUCCCGUCAGCAACGAGUCCACCAACUCCUCCCCUGUUAAAGAGAGCGACAGCUCCCAGGCCACCCCGUCCGGCUCGCACUGCCUGAACGGAGACGUGGGCCUGGGGUCCAUGCUCCCUCUUGACCUGAAAGACCGCAUGGAAGUCCAGGGAGAGGAAGAGAAGAAAGACGACGACAAUGAGGAGGAGGAGGAGGAGGAGGAGGAGGAGGAGGAGGAGGAGGAAGAUGAUGAUGACGUGACCCAUGCGAAUGAGGAGGAACUGAGCGUCCAGACAGAGGACAGAAGAGGAGGUGACGGACAGAUAAACGAGCAGGUGGAGAAGCUGAGACGUCCGGAGGGGGCGAGCAACGAGAGCGAGGUCGAUUAGAAAGAAUUUAUCCAUCCAUUUGGCUUUUCGUUCCCUUUGCCCCACCUUAGUUUAUUUAAGUUUUGAUUGUUGCAGUAAAACGGUUACCCUCGGCAUAUUUAAGAACAGCAGGUGAGACGGAUUAUGUCCCAUUUAUUGCACCUCUAGUCCCUUUUGACCUGAUUUACUUGACUUUUCAACAUGCAAACUUCCAACGUGCAAACCAGCGUGGCAACACAAACAUUCUGCAUGCCUGAACAAGCACAGUAACAGAAUAUUUUUGGGAAAAACAACAAUGAGAGAAUGAACGUGGCUUUUUUCUUUGGUAAUGAAGACAGCCCCCUUCAAUGCUAGCUAAUUCACCAGAUUCUACAAACUACAGGUUUGGAUACACUAUAAAAGGCAGUAUAAGUGUACCGUAAAGCUUCAAGUUAAUCUAAACACAAUCAGUGGCAGUAAAGAGAGUAUAACAGCGAAUCAAAGGCACCCUUCAGUCCACCCUUCUGUGAUUAUUGGGUGGUUCUGCGCCUCCCCUUUAAAGGGAUAGCUCACCCAAAAAUAACAAUUCUGUCAUCAUUUACUCACGCUCUUGUCAUUUCAAUCCUGUAUGACUUUUUUCUUUUGAAUAUUGAAGAAUAUAUUUUGAAGAAUGUUGGUUACGAAAAACCACUGGUCCCCAUUGACUUCUAUUGUAUGGACACAAAACCAAUGCAAGUCAAUGGGACCAACAUUCUUCAAAAUAUCUUCUUUUGUGUUCAGCACAGAAUUUUCAUUUUUGGGUGAACUAUUCCUUUAAGUUCUGUUCUACUCUGGUAAAGGCUGGUUUACUUUUCCCAACAAAUGCCACAAAAACACAGUUGUUGGGUUUAGUUGGAAAGUUUCUUAACCCUGUUGGUAUUGUGGAAAAUCACUUGUUUUCCAACAUUUUAAAUGCAAUGUUUUAAAUGUUGGCUUUCAUGUGUAUCCUUCACUUGUAGUAUGCAGAUCACCUUCGUAGUCUUUGUAAGGCCUUGUAAUUUGCGAUUAGAGUGAUGGCGCGUCUCACCGAUAGCGAGAAUGGGAAAAGGGAAAACAUGCAUGAGAACGCAGGGAACGAGAGAAAGAGAAAUGCGUCUGUCUCGCCCGCGUCUCUCCAGUCUCCAGCAGGGUAGCUGAUUUGGUUUAUGAAGUAUGUUAAUAAUCAAAUGAUCGACAAAUAACAGAUGUAUUAGUUCAUGCAGCUUGAAAUGUCAAGGAGGCUAAAAUCGGAAAUCUAAUACUGAAAGCCUGUUAUAUUGUAUUAUAUUACAUGACAAACCCUCCAGUCCAAAUUAUAUAGGCCUCCUGCAGUGAAUAAUCUUAACAUGAAACGGUGCUGGGGUUUUGUAAUUAAACCGUGUAAAACAAUGGAUGCUUCAGCGGAGGUGCUGACAGUCUUACUUUUCUCUUCGGUGGCUUUACUCUCAGAACAGCCCGAGAGGAUUUAAAAAAAGGCAAAAAAUAAAACUCCCCUGUGAUGCGGAUCGAGAGAAACGUAUGAAUAUUUAACUAAUGAAAUUACUCACUCGCCAGCUGACGAGAAGAAAGCCAGAGAGAUCCUGGAGUGAGAACUACAGCGUCUGAUCCAUUGUGACAUUUUCACUUUUAACAAAUGACCUUCAGAGUAACCGGAUUACAGCACAUCGCAGGUGAAUCAUGGGAAUCUUUGCCAUGCAGUGACACAACUGAGGAGCUCAGCUUUUCCGGCUGUGUUUGUCUUCUUUUUUCUAGACUAGAGGUGACUUUAUCUCACACAACUAUAGUAUAUGAUCAUAUGACACAAUGUGUAUUCAUGUGCUUUGCAGUGAUACAGGAUUUGAUUUUCUUUCGAAGCUAAAGCUAAAGAUCCAAAUGCAAAGCGAAUGAUUCGGGAAUAGUUUAAGCAAAAAAAUAAAUUCUUUCCAAACCUGUAUGCUUUUAUUUAACGGUAUCUCUUUUCUAUAAACAUUGAUCAUAACUUAAAAUUUGGGUUAUUUCUCUCAUUCAAAGUUGUUGUGUGGAAAAUCGUGUGAAGAUUUUCUUUAAAUGUCACUUUUUUCCCAACUGAAGAAGGUCAAACGUUCUGGUUCGGAAUGACAGUGAUAAGUAAAUAAUGACAGAAUUUUAACUGUAGUUUGAUCUGUAUUUUGAUCUUUGAAGUAAAUGAUAUCAUAUUGGUGUCAUACAGAGAUGACAUGGUUGAGUUACCGAUAGUUACUGAUUUAACUCAGAGGAAGGAAGGAAGACUAUCAGCUUUAGUUGAGUGUUUGUGCGUGUACCCGUUUUUGACUUAAAACCACAUUCUGGAGUUCCUGUAACUAGCAGGUUGAUUCUGCUAUUGUGACAGCGGAGGCCUACAAACAACAACAACACAUCUUACUAAAUUUAGCUAAUCAUUGUAAAUCUGCUAUGAGGGAAGUUAGAUCUACUGAAUUAAUGAUGAAUUAAGCCACAGAUUCAGCCUGUGUCUCUCUUGAGAUCAUGUUCUCCUCGUGUCCAACGUCCUCGGUGUUUUUUUUACACAAUUUUGUUAGGAGUCUAAAUCCUGCGGCUGGGUUUCAGCAACUCAGAUUGGGGCUUUAAGCAUUCAUUUUGAUUUUGUGUGUGCGCGUGCGUGUUUUGGCUUACUGUAGGUUUACAGGUGAGCUAACGCUGAAGGUUUGUUGUAUGAACUGCACAGUGUUGAUUGAUGUUGUUGACACAGAGACAGGUUUGUCAGAGAGACGUUGAAGAUUAAUGUAAAUAAUUGUAAUAAAUUUCAUUUAACACAA